AAUUUAGAAAUGUUUUUUGACGAUGACGAUUCAAAAAUUGUACUUUAAAACAAUGUUUCAUUUUUUUAUCGGUUUCUGUUUUCGUGCGAUCGCCCAUCUCAAUUGUAAAUUAUAUUAAAAAAACACAAAUAUGACAACGGAGAAGAACGACCAACUAAGGCAACAACUUAUAGCGGCGGUGGUAAAGAAACGAGCGGCGAUUGCGAGGGCUCAUGAAAUUGUGGUGCGACUUCUGGAGCCUGGAAUACCAGAGCCAGAGUUUCUAUCAAUGCUCUGGGAGAUUGGUCCAUCAAAUUAUUGUGACAUUGUGGACGAGCGGGAAAUAAAUAAACUUUGUGGAUAUCCGAUAUGCUCCAGCGUUUUAGAAAACAUUCCCAAGCAAAAGUACACCAUCUGCGCUUCUAAAAACAAGGUUUACGACUUAACAGAACGGAAGAAGUUCUGUUCCGGAUACUGCUUUAAGGCCUCCGAGUACAUUAAAUCCCAGGUGCCCACAUCGCCAUUAUGGCUACGAGAUCGGGAGACAAAACCUAGCUUCCAGCUAUUACCUCGAAAUACUUGACCAUCGAUAUAGCUCUCAAAGCGAUUAUUUAUUUCAUAUAAUAGGCAUUAAGACCAAUUCUUCAUUA